AUGUACACACAAUCCGAGAAACUGCCUAUGUAUGGGCAAGACGGCAUGCACUUACAAUCACAAUACGACAACGGUGGCUAUCAGCCUCAAUACGAGCAAGUCCAGUAUGGCCCCUCUCAGCCUGGCGGUCCUCAGUACAGACAGCCUCAUUACGGGCGGCCACAAUAUGAACAGCCGUCUUAUGGGCAGCUUCAGCCCGGACCUAACCCCAUGUUUGGAGGACGACCUACCGACCCCAGAUACGACUCACAACCUGGGAUGACCACCAUGGGAGGGCCACUGCCUCUACCAAUUGUGAUCCCGCAGCAGCGCCCAGGGUCCCAGGACCGAGGCUUCAUGGCCGCCUAUGCGCCGUCUCUGGCGUCAUGCGGCAUCGACCAAAGGUCGUUUCUGCGCUUCAUUGAUGAGGCUAAUACGGCCUUGCAGGGCAAUAAGUACCUUUCCGGCGUGCAAAUAGUCUCUCUAGGUGUGGGCUUCACUCCCGAAGUCAUCGUCAUGGGUGUCGCCGCGGCGGUGCAAGCGGGAGCCUGGGUAGCUAACAAGGGCUAUGUCAGAGGAAAAACCAACAAUGUCAUGGAUAAGUACAACCGUGAGCUCUUCGCACCUCACGGUCUAUUCUGCAUGAUUAUGAAAUAUGAGCCUGAGCUCAAGGAGCCCAAGAAUCCCAGCCGUCUCAAGCAUCUUGCCUCACUGGCUGUCAAUGGCUCGAGCAAUGGCGGUGGGAGCGCAUGGAUGCGCAAUCCCGUGUCCGGCGAGUCGCAGGGACCGGGCGGCCUGCUUACGGCCGUCGCACCACUGAUCUACAUGGACAACCGCCGCGAUCACAAACAGUACCUGUCCGAGUCUCCGUCAGAAUCCUCCGAUUCCAGGAAGAGCGACCCUGCCGGAGGCAAAACUUCCACCAAAGAGAAGGCCAAGAAGGCUUUUGACAGCUUCAGCGACUACCUUGAUCGCCGCGCUCGCGCAACGUACGUCAGCGAGAACGGCAACGACGUGCUGAGCGGGCCGGCUGGUCGUGGCUUUAGCAACCGAUACCUCGACCCCAAUCAUCCGGCUGUCAACGGAGGCCUCAUCGGUGUGCUUUCGGGGGGCCUGUUGAGUCCUAGCCCGGAGCAGCGUGCGCAGAAGAAGGCCGGCAGAAUCGAGGACGAGGAGAAGAGGGUCCUCGACGAGUAUAAUGACCGAAGAGAGCGCAUCUUGAGUGAGCGACGCAGUCGAUCCGAGACAGAUCGGGAGUUGAGGCGAUUGGAGAAAGACUACGAGCCUCGUCUGGAGCAGUUCCGCAAGCAGAGAAGGGAGCUGGAAGGUGGUAAGAGAUCCAUCAAGAAGAACAUUCUAUAUCUGAUGAUUGUCAACCUGCCUUCAGAGGCCACUCUUGCGGCCGCUUCGUCGAAUUUGGAGCAGGAGUAUGGGCAUAGCGUCAUGGCGGAGACGAUGCCGCCUCCACCGUACUAG